AUGCUUGCAGUUGAUGAAGUUGAUGAAGUUGAUGAAGUUGAGAGCCCACCUUUUGGAAAUUCAUCUUCAGUUCAGAGUCAAAACCAGCAGCUACAGAAAGGCCUGUCUGGAUCAUCAGAGAGAACUCUAUCUGAUGGAAAGAGAAAAUAUGACGUUUUUACUUGGUUUGGCCAAUCAGUGAACAUCGACAAAGGUAUGAAAGCUGGUCAAAAAAUCACAUUCCAUGGAGAAGGUGACCAGGAACCAGGAUUGGAGCCUGGAGAUGUAAUCAUUGUGCUGGGCCAGGAAGAGAACACUGUUUUCCAGAGACAAGAGGAUCAUUUGUUAAUGAAGAUGAAGAUCAAACUCGCUGAGGCUCUGUGUAUCAAGAAGACUGUUUUAACAUUAGACGACAGAGCGCUCAUCAUCAACUCAUCACCAGGUGAAGUAAUCAAGCAUGGUGACAUCAAAUGUGUUCAGAGUGAGGGCAUGCCGGUUUACACGGAGUCUUAUGAAAAGGGACAGCUGAUCAUCAACUUCCAGGUGGACUUCCCAGAGAAACAUUGGUUCCCAGAACAUCUCAUGUUCCAGCUGGAAAGACUGCUCCCUCCCAGGGACGAUGUGAUGAUCACUGAUGACAAGGAGGUAGAACUCAUUGAGGUGGAUGAGCAGUCACAACAGAAAAGCUACAGCAGGGAAUCUUAUGAGGAGGAGGAAGAAAGUCCCAGAGGCAGAGUACAAUGUCAGACACAGUAAUUUUGUACAAUUAUCCUCAUUGCCUCUAAACAAGCUAACAGCUAAUCAUAUCUGCCGGAACUCCCGUUAAUCAACAAACAGCAACAUAAAGGUAAAAUAUGACAAAG